AAAACCUAUACUUUAUUAAUGCGCUUAAUUUAAUGUAUCCAUCUACCUGCACUCUUGACUUCUUCUCUUCUACUGUUUAGCUACUUCAUUUCUUUGGCCUGUAGAUCCACAAAGAAUAGAUCAUCCAAAAACUGAAGAAAAGAAUUUUUCUACAGAACUUCCACUUUAAUUUGUUACAAAAACUAUGUCGAUCUCACUUAUGAUGCCAGCUUGUUAUGUGUCAACUAAUCUUCAAUAUCCAUGCAGCAGCAGAUCUCAAACUCAGAUCUUCAAUCCUUUAGCCAUUGUUAAAAACAACAAUAGCGGAUGUUCAUUCCCAGAUAAUCUUACAACCAGCUCCCAUGGAUCUGGUGUAGUACUACGGAAAAGUAACCAAAAGCCAAGAGAUUUAGUUUUACAUGCAACUGCUGAAACAGGAGAUCUGCUUUCAGGUGUUAUUCCCUUUUUGCCAACUGGUGAAAACUCUUGGGUUAGUUGGGCUGUGGGAUUUGGUGUAACAGUACCUUUGAUAACAGCAAGAUUAUUAACAGUAACAAAGCAAGUUGCAGUGGCAGCGGAGACGGUGGAGAAGGUGGCGGAAGCGGUGGAAAAAGUGGCGGAUGACGUGGACAAGGCAGCUGAGGAAUUUGCUGCAAAGUUGCCGCAAGGAAAGCUUAGAGGCAUAGUAGAGUCCAUUGAACAUUUGGCUGAAGAAACUGAAAAGGAUGCUCAAACAGUCCAAGACCUCAUGGACAAGGUUGAAGAAGUGGAUGAAAAGUUGGAGGCAUUCAUCAGUAAUCAACUGACGACUGUGAAGGUACCAAAUUCAUCAAAUGAUGGAAAAAAGAAACAAUAAAGUUGGCACUUCACCAACAGUAAUGAUUGUGCUAUUUGUGUUUCAUUUUUCUUUAGAUAAGUUUGAUAUUUUACUUGUAAAAUAUUGGUAUUCAUUAAGUAUUUGUUGUUGUUUGGAUCACCUUAUAUAAUCAACAUUCGCGUGGUCCUGUAUCUGACUUUCAUAAGUUCAGUUAUUAAUAUCUCAACAACUCUA